AUGUCUCUAGCUAGCAACUUAAUCUGUAGAGUUGCGUUUGGUAGGAGAUAUGACGAUGAAGAAUUUGAAAAGAAAAGGUUUGAAAGACUUGUAAUGGAAGCUCAAGCCCUGAUGGUGGGAUUCUAUUUCUCUGAUUAUUUUCCAUUAUUAGGUUGGCUUGAUAAAUUCACGAAAAAAUCAGAUCGUCUUGAGAAGAACUGCAAGGAGUUAGAUUUGUUCUACCAAGAACUCAUCGACCAUCACCUCAAUCCAUCCAGGCCUAAAGAGAAUGACAUUCUUGAUCUCUUGCUUAUAUUGAAAGACCAAAACUCAUCUUCAAUCAAUCUAACUUGGGAUCACAUCAAAGCCCUACUCAUGGAUCUAUUUGUUGCAGGAACAGACACAGUGGCUGCUUCAAUAUCUUCUAAGUCUUUUAUCAAAUCCUAG